AUGACAGACGCUUGUAUUGUGUGUUUAGAGGAUCUGGAGGUUCAACUUGAGGUGGUGGUCCAGGUCCCAGUCCCAGUCCCAGUCUCAGUGGUGCAAGACCCCAAAGCAAUUUUAUAUGAUGAUCUCGAGGAGGGGGGCAAAGAAGUCACCGAGGAACUUUAUCAACAUCAAUAUAAUUAUCCUGGAAAUUCCAACAACCAACAAUCGGUGGCUCAAAUUAAACCGUGUGGUCAUGUUUUGCAUGAUGAUUGUUUGAGAGAAUGGAGUCGAAAGGCUAAUAGUUGUCCAAUUUGUCGGGCAAGCUUUAAUUUGGUGGUAGUGCUGGAUAGAGUUGGAGGAACGGUUCUAUCAGAAUACACCGUCGAAGAUCGAAAACAAACAGCCGAGUUUAAUUUAACUGAGUGGCAAGAAAAUAACCCUGAUGAAUAUGAAGAUGAGGAAGAAGGAAGAUCUUGCCCAAUCUGCGAUCAGUCGGAUCAAGAAGAUGUUCUCCUAUUAUGCGAUGGCUGCGAUGCGCCUUAUCAUACACAUUGUAUCGGUUUAAGCAAUGUUCCAGGUGGUCACUGGUAUUGUAUGGAAUGUGUGGAAAGUGGUGCUUUCAGCCUCCAUGAUGAAUCACAAGGACCUGCUCGAACAAUCCCCUUUUCCGGUCCGAAUAUCAGUAGAACUCAGGCCAGCGUUCGACGUGCUCGUAGGAACGGUAGACAAGAUAGAUGGAUUAAUGCUUGGGGUCAAUUGAGUAGCGCCAUUCGAAAUGUCGCUGGCGUUGAUCUCGAUUUUGCCGAGGACGAUCAGGAGAUAAGAGGUUAUAGAGAUCUACAACAGUUCUCUGCUGCGGAAUUCAUGAGAUGGGAGCAACGAAUGCAUAUCGCCAGACGUCAAGGUGCUGGCCGAAUAUUUCGAGCCGCAGCGCCACAAGCUAUGAGAGAGCGGAUUGAACCACCGGCACCAGUGGUUGAGACUCGUGCAGAAAGGCAGGCGUGGGGAGCAAUGGAGAGAGCUCAACAUCUCGAGGACACACCUAAUACAAUAAAGCGCACAAGAUCAACUACCUCAUCACCAGCCAGCCGUGGAGGCUCAACACCAGAAGAACCCGAACGUAAACAGAAGCGUCCGAGAACACGAAUUGUUCAGAAUGGAUUAUCAUCGGUCGCAUCAUCCAGUACAAAUCCUCAUCCUCAACCUGAAUCUGAACUUGAACCUGAACCUGAACCUGAACCUGAACCUAGAAGGAGUAAUGGACCAACAAAUCCACUCAACACAAACUCGGUACCUACUUUUCUGUCUUCACUCCUUCGAGAAGUUGAGAUGGCACCAUCUUCGGAUGAUGAUUCCGUAAGAUUUGGACCAGAUGUUACAUUUAAUCGAACAAAUGGUGCUACAAGUCCAUCCUUUGAUUGUUCUUCACCCGCUACCUCGCCAGCAUCUCCCGCUUCUUCUUAUCAUAGUCGCGCAAUGUCGAUCACACCUCCACCAAGAAGUACACAGUCCCGUUCUCCUCCUCUAAGCACAAGCGUUAUGCCGGACUUUUCUGCUAUCCACUAUUCACCAAAUCGAUCACCAUCAGCAGACUCAAUUUCUAAAAGCCCAAAUCAAAAUAAGAAAAAGAGAAAUGGAUCUCCCGGAUCUCCUAUACCAGAAAUUCGACAACCGCAACCUCGUCGACAUAAAAUAUCUCGAGUCAGAUCUCGACACUCAUCAACAUCUCGAUCCGAAAAUAUUUCACCUGUACGAAAUAACAUGUCAAUUGAAGAAAAAGAAAGCAUCAACAAAAUGGUUAAAACAGCUUUGGGACCUCAUUGGAAGUCUCAAAAGAUCUCGAUGUCAAAUGAACAAUAUGCCCAUAUCAAUCGAAAUGUAUCAAGAAAGCUUUAUGAACUUAUUGCCGAUAAAAAGUUACCCGACGGAGACAAGAGUUUAUGGGAGAAAAUUGCUACUUCAGAAGUCAGUAAAGCAGUUCAAACUCUCACAAAAGAGAUUUCACCAAGUGGAAUAUAA